AUGAAGAAUAAUCAAUUAAAUCAAAAAAAAGAAGACUGCAGUGAAGCUGAUAAAUGCUUCAAGAGCCUGGAGAGAAAGGUCAAAAAGCUGGUGGAGUUUAUUCUAGAAAAGAAGAACCUCCACGCAGAACUGAAGACCAUGGCCAGAACGGCAGACUGUAUGAUAGAGGAGUACGCGAAGCUGCGCGUGCUCUCCUGCCAGGGGGCCAAAAGAAGUACAGAAAAACUGACGGUAAGGGACGAUGAGACCCAAACAUCGCCCAUCUUUAGAGAAAAAGCGAAAAAGCGUGGAAAUUUAGAGACGCAAUCGCCGACGAUCCCGCCAGCAACGAAGAAGGCCAAAAGCGACCAGGAAAAAACCCUGCUCACAAGGGAGAGCGAAGAAAGAAAGGAGAUUGCCGAGAAAAAAGCCUCCGAAUGGAAAGAGGUAAGAAGAAAGGGCAAAGCUAAGAAGAAAGAAGAGAAGAGAAAAGAGACAAAUAAAAAAGAAGGCACUAGAGAGGGUAAAACCACUAAGACCACGAGCAGGAAGCCUCGCCCAGAAGCUAUUAAGAUCAAAGCACUGGGCGAGACUUCGUAUGCCGACAUCUUGAGGAAGGUCAAGGCAGCACCCAACAUGAAGGAGAUAGGUGAAAGAAUCACCCGAAUACGGCGUACUAGAGCAGGAGAACUACUCCUCGAACUGGGGAAACCGGGAACCAGGUCCCCAAACAUAGAAGAGAUGGUCCUGGCCACACUUGAGGAGUCAGCAGAAGUCCACCUGAUGACCGAUAAAGAAACCCUCAGGAUCAAAGACAUGGAUGAGACAACCACACCUGAGGAAGUGAUAGAAGCUGUAGCUGCAGUUAUCGGACCAGAGGCAGCUGCAAGUAGUAGCAUAAAAAUCAGAGGACUAUACAACGGCACAUAA